UGUAGUUUUUACUUCGUCCGCUGCGCAGAACAUAACCUUUUGUAUCAGAACAGAAUUUUUAUCUCUUAAUUUAGCGCUUUCAUUCGCUAUUUUUUUGUAAAACUAAUUACACUAUACCUAAUUAUAAAGUGAAAAUUUUUAUUUUUAAAAUGAGUGAAUUCGAAAAAUUACUUCCAAAUAUUUGUGACAGCAUCGCUAAAACAGCAGCUCAUGUCAUCAGCUACGCCGAUGAUGACAGUAAACAAGAAUUGUUGGACGCUCUUCGUAGCAAUGUCCAAAAUUAUACCAAAAAUUCACAGAAGUUUCAAAAUAUCAAUGCAUUAAUCAGCAGAUUAUCAUCUGGAAGUUCUGACACUGAUAUCGAAGAAAUUCUUAAAAAUUUUAAUGAUGGAGUUUCAUCAUUUCAACCGGAUUCUUCAAGAAAUGAAUUUUUAAAACAAUAUGACACACGUGUUGCAGACUUGAAAAAGAAUUUGGCCGGAGAAAAAAGCACUGAAGGUGGCGGUGAUGAUGAAGAUGCAGACAUGCAAAUGACAGAGGAGGACGGCGCAAAUUUAAUUUGUCCAAUAAGUAAACUACGAAUGACUGAACCAAUGAAAAAUAAUAUUUGUGGUCAUGUUUAUGAUAAAGCUAGUAUUAUUGCCUUGUUAAGUGGAAACGCUGCUACUAGAUGCCCUAUUGUCGGCUGCAGCAACAAGAAGCAUCUGAUUAUGGAAGAUCUUACGUCUGACAUUGUGAGACAAAUGUGUAUGUAAUACACAUAGAUGCGGAGAUAAACUAGAAUUCAUAAGACAGCUCUAACAUUCCAGCGUUCAUUAUUAUUUAAUACUAAUUAAUGUUAAGUU